AUGGCGUUCGUGGUCUCUCCCCAUCUGAGAGCCGUGGCGGCCUCGGGCCGCUCUGCCUUCCCGUUCACCGAUCGGUGCACGGGUCAAGCAGGCUGCCUAGGUGCCGCACUAAGUCGCAGCGGCAGGUCUUGGGCGGCGCCCCGUGUCUUCAACGCCCGUCGCCUUCUCCAGAUCGCAACUUCCACCGGCUUGUGUGCUACUCGUAUCUGGCCAUGGUGCACGACAGGGGCCAAGGGCAAGGGCCAAGGCAGUGGUGGUAGAGGCCUGCACGGGAGUGGCCGGUUCCUCCAGAGAUUGCGGAUGCGACGCGCCUUGGGGAUCCAAUCGAAAGGAAGGGGUGCGGAUCGAUUCGAGUUGAUCCCUGAUUCGGAUGAGGAAGGCCCCCAACAGGUUUCAUCCUUUGUUGCCGAGGACGAUGAGUUUGUGCCUGAAACAGAACCACAGGAUAUGCCUGUGGUGAAGCUCAUUGGCAAUACCAUGUUCCAUGAAUGGCGCAAGGUUUCGUUGGAGAGUGAUAAGGCAUGCACAAGCCAGAUUGGAACCAGCAAGGAAAACACAUGCACAAGGUACAUUGCAAGCAUCAAGGAAAAUGAUGAUAAAGAUGACACCAAGGACGAUAACGAGCAUAAGGCUAGCUUCUCGGAUAUAGAGACAGACGACGAGGCUACACCAAUCAAUGUGUGGAAGGCAAGAGGUAAGGAGAACUAA